CCGUCUCGUAUAAUUUAAACUAUAGUGGGGAAAUCAUUUACCUGAACAGGUAGUUAUAACGUUAAGCUGACGAAGUGUACGUGUUUCCGUGGAUUUUCAGUUGUUGGUGUUUCUAGUGGCUUUCAAAGGGACAAAAAACUAUUUAAUAAAUGCCGAAUUGGUUAGUGCUUCUAACGUUGGUGGCAGCGUCCUCGGCCCUGCCACAAAUCAAACCUUUGAAUUGCGUACAAAACUGCACCUGCAAGGAGAUUUUGCCGAAUAUCUUGGAUGUCGUGGGCUGUGACAAACCAUUAACGAUCAAUUCGACACUGUUCGAACAUUUGGACAAAAAAAUCAUAACCGUCAUCAGUUUUUCGAACGUUAUUAUCAAUCAGAUUAAAGAGGAUGCUUUUAAGCACUUCGCCAUCUUGGAAGAUGUGAUAAUUGAGAAAGCUCAGAUUGGCUCGAUCGACUCAAAAGCUUUUGAUAACAUUCGCAAAGUGAAGUUUGCCAAUUGUGGAUUUGAGGACGAACCAACUUUAUAUUCCCAACAAUUGGAGGAAUUGCAUUUUGGCAAUUGCAAGUUGGACUCCAUACCGCCGUUAGAUGAACUCUUCUCCCUAAUGUUCCUGAACCUCUCCGGAAACUACAUCAGAGAUAUAGAUAUCAUGAGUUUUGCCGAACUGUUCGACCUCGAAGUUCUGAUCCUCUCCAACAACGAAUUGAGUAGAAUUCCGGCUAAUCUUUUCGUGAACAACCAAGAACUGAAUAGCUUAUAUCUCGAUAACAAUCCGCUGAAGUUCUUCCAUAUGAACACGUCUAACAAAUUGGAAACGUUGUCCUUGAAAAACUGCCAUCUCACUUCGUUCGAUCAAACAUCUACGUAUCGCUUGAAAUCAUUAAGCGAAUUAAAUCUAAGCAACAAUAAUCUUAAAUCCGUAUCUGGGAAAGAUUUCGCUUACAUGAUUCAACUAUCCGUCCUCGAUUUGUCGAACAAUAAUCUAUCGAAAUUGGACAACGACGUUUUCAAGAAAAAUGCUAAACUUCAAAAACUAACCCUGGAUAACAACAACUUCAAGACCUUGCCCAACUUUACUCUGCCAGAUGGAGAUAUUUUCCAGAUCUACACGUUCUCUUGCAGGAAUUGCGGCCUGACGAAUGUCGGUCAAAACACUUUCAAAAAUAUGCCGGCCAUCAUCAGUUUGCAGUUGUCCCACAACAACCUAACUAACGUCGAAAAUACCUUCGGCGAUAUUAAGAGCUUGAAAAUAUUGGACAUCUCCUAUAACCAAAUCCAAGUAUUGUCGACCAAAGCAUUCCAACACAAUAGAAAUUUGGAGAAUCUGAACGUCGCGGGUAAUCCUUUAAUGGCGCUCAAUCCUGAAGUGUUCGCGGCUACCAAAGCCAUCAGAAAAAUUGACGCCAGCAACACCAAGCUCUACAAGCUGUGGAGCAAUAAAAAUGUCAUUUUGGAGUCCGUUAAGAAACUUAUCGUUUCCAGUAAUCAAUUGACGACUUUAUCGGUCGAAGACUUUAAGAUCGUCCCUAAUCUCCAGGCUAUUGAUUUGCACAACAAUCCUCUACAGUAUGACGAACAACUAUGUAACGUUAUCAACUGGUUAGAAAAACUAUCUGUAUAUCCUAUCGAGUAUUUUGACGGCGUGGAAAGUCUCGACCAAACUUUAGGCAACGAUAUCGACAAUUUCACUACGAAUCAAUGGUCGGAGUUCCGUAAGAAGAAAUGCCCUGAACCACAAAUUGAAGACGAUGAAGAAGAUUAUAAAGAUAACGAAGAGGCAGAUAACAACGUUAAUUACAAAGUGAUGAAUCCAGCGGACGAUAACGAAGAAGACGACGAUUACGAUUAUGACGAAAACUACGAUGAAGACGAAGAAGAAGAUGGCGACAACGAUAGAAUCACCGCCGAAAUAAUCGAAGAUAACAACAUUAAUUUGGCUCGGGCCUCUUCUAUAUUGUAUAUCAUUUCCGUGUUUGUUCUCACAGCGUUAGCGGUGUUGAUCACAGCCGUCACUUUCACGUUGGUGAUUUUGAAACGUAACUCUAAAUUCCCCAUGCACAAAGCCAAUCUUCCUCGUUUGAAAAUACCAUUGUGGGACGCACAACCCGGCCAGAAAAAGCACAGCGGUUCAGUCUAUAGGCCUCUAUCGGAGGAUUUGUCCGGACCGAAAACCCCUAAAUGCAGUCGUUACGAAUUCAGCGCGACACCAACAGUCCACACCACCAAACCUUAAAAACUUUGUAAGUAUCUAAUUUUAUAUAUUCAAGGCGUGUCACCGAUUCGAGUGUAAUAUCAAAAACUAUCCAAUUUAUUAUUAGUCAAAGUUUGGACGAGCUUUCUUCGAGAUAUUUUUAUUAAUUUAAUUGUAUUUGUUAAGUCUAACUGUGUUACAAAUCUAGAUUUAGUUUAUAGGGCUUGUUUCAGUAUUUUCGACGACAUACACUCAUCAUUAAAUUUUCUCAUAUGAGAAAGUGUCAAUCUUGAACCGUUUGCUUGCGUAUUCAGAGAAUAAAUCCCAUCAAUUUUUGUAUUUUCCAGGUAGGAACAGUUCUUUUUUAGCAUUUGUCCGUUUCCGCUUUGCAUCUUCUAUUUGGCGAUAAAUUUGUUUAAUGUUGUUUCGUUUUUAGUUAUUGACAAAAUAGGACGAGCCAUCGGUAAUUUUAUGCCAUAUAGUAAAUAUGAACUGAUAACUUAUAAAACCACGCCUAUAUCGUCAAAUAUCGAUAGUCUAAUUCUUUAUUUACAUCAAUAAAUAUUAAUAAGUAAU